AUGGUCAAAACUCACAUGUCCUAUGGUGGAUGUGGCUACCAUGACGAGAAGGGUGAUUGGUAUCAAUACUAUCGAUGCAAUAACGUCAAAUGUAAAAUGGGAGUUCUGGAGCAUGCCGUGAAAUCUGGCUACCAGAACUUCAAUACUCAUCUCAGAUCAAAAGGUUGCCUUGGUCCCAAGAAAUAUCAAAGAGAGCUAGAAAAGGUCAAGAAAGGUGGACAAGUCCAAACCGUUUUAACUGACAGUCCUUUCUUCAGAAUUGCAUCAGAUGAGGACGAGGAUGUCCAUGACCUGCUGCGGCUGAUUAUUGAGGAGAAUUUGCCGCUUGAUAUUACCGAAAAGCCCAUCUGGCGAGCGUCUCUGAAAUUCCAGCAUUUCGUUUCAUGCAAAUCUCUGCGCAAGUAUAUUGGAAACUUGGUUCAAAUCAAUGAAGAAAAACUGAAGCUGAAGAAGCUUCCAGCUAGAUUUGCUGUUAAUAGCGACGGCUGGACUGACAAGAAGACACACUACAAUGCCAUGUUUGCUGUUUUCAUGAAAGGUACGGCUCUAAAUGUCUAUCUUCUUUCGGUUUCUCCAUUGAUGGUGCCAAAAGGAAAAGGAGGCCGCGAUACCAGAGAAAUUGUCGAUGAUGCCGAUUUGGAUGAGCUGGAUGCCGACAACGUGGAUUAUGAAGAAGCCACAAGAUUCCGUGCUAAGGAGCAUGCGUUCCACAUGAAGACUGUACUAGCGGACUUCUACGACAGGACAUUCACACAGCAUGUAACCAACUUGGGUGGGGACAACUGCAGCACCAACAUCAGUCUGGCCAAGAAGUUGGGCCUUGCUUUAGUUGGGUGCCGCAGCCAUCGUCACAACUUGGAAAUGAAAAGAUUCAUUCAAGAACAGCCUGUUGUAGACCGAACUCUCAAGACUUGCCAUAAGGUGGCUGUGAAGGCUGGGACUCUCAAGAAUGCCGCCGAAGCCCGUAACAUGGGUGCCAAAUCUGUGUCUAAAAUUGCCGGUGUUCGGUGGAGAUCACAAUUUACAUGUGCUAAGGGCAACGUCGACAACACGACACAGCUUCGUACCAUGGAUGCUUUACAGCCAUACAAUGUUAUUGAAAUGGAAGACGUUGACGAUAUUGACAGUGCAGAUGAAGAGAUCUCGGACGCUGAAGAAGAAGACGCUGAUGGAAAUCAGUUGCCCAAGAAGUCGUUCAAACGUGUCAACAGAGAGGAGCUAGAUUGUGCACUGAAGGUACUCAAUGUACAGGACGUAUUCUGUGUGAAAGGCCAGGGAGCAAAUUUGACUUUGGCUAAGGGCGAGGAUUUGUUCCAGAUGGCUGGGAGCAAGCUUGAGCAAGCAUCGAAUGAGGAAGCUCUCCUUGAAGAUGGCUACAAGUGUAUGUAUCUGAAGGAUGGUUGUCAUUUGAGCGAAGAUUUCGAGGAUUUUGAAAGAGGAGUAAUUAAAAUCCAGAAGAAGUUGGCCCAUACUCUGACACCUGCGGAAAAACUGGCUGUGGCAAAGCUCGAGAAACCGACAGCAGAGGAAGGUGCUACUGCCACAGCAGUCGACGAUGACGAUGCCAAUCUCAAUACACCCGAGCGUGCGAUGAAAAAGCUGAAAAGGGAUCGGGAAUCCCUCCUCAAAGAGAUGGGAGAGACAGUCUUGGCGGAUAAGGACGACAACAGUGACUACAUCAAUGCCGAUUUCAUUUUGGCUACCAAUGACAUUGUGGAGCGAUUCUUUAGCCAGUGCAAGCAUGUGCUGACUCCAAUCCGCAAUCGGUUGUCUCCAUACAUGUUUGAGUGUUUGAUGUUUUUGAAAUGCAAUGACGACCUUUGGGAUGUGCACGAUGUUUCGGAGGCAAUUGCAAUGGAGAAGAAAGGCAAAAGAAACCUUAGAGAGCAGAAGGACUACCUUGAGUUCCGUGGACAAGUCGACAGUGGUGAGCUCUUCUAGAGACAACUAGGUAGCAGUAAAUUACUAGUAGGUAAGCAUAUAUGUGAAA